AUGGACUCGACAUACCAGUUCUGUGUGAAACAUGGCACGGGAUCAAAGGUAAUAUUUCCGUUAGAUAUUAGCUAUGCCACCUGGUUUUUCAUUGUAGAUUUUGUCAGACCACAUGACCCUGGUCACGGGGGUUUGUUUGAAGCGCUGGCCAUCAGAUUGAAGAUUGGAAUUGAUAAGUUCUGUUUAAUUGCUCUCUACAGACCUGGCUCGGAACAGACGACUUCAUUAUUCUUUGAAGAGAUGAUUUUUAUGUUAGAGUUUAUUACAAUGUCGGAGGCACAUGUCGUACUUAUGGGUGGUUUUAACAUUCACGCUGAAAAGAGGGAUAGUCCUUUCACUCUACGACUACAUGAGUUGGUCCAGUUGAUUGACCCAUGUUCGGUAUACUUAGAUGACAGUUACGUAGGUGUGAGAGUGGCGUUGAAUCAAGUUCGACCAAAAUUGGUGAAAGCAUGUAUCAGACCAUGGAAAGAUCUGAACGAAAAAUGUUUUGUUGAAGCACUAGCAAACUUUCCUGUGGCAAACAAUAGUCAAUCUGAUGAUGUGGAUUAUGAAUUUGCUGUGUUUAGUGGUGAAAUUGAACAAAUUUCUGACAAAGUGCCUAUGCGGAUAUUACAAUUUUUUGAAAAUAAAAUUGCUAGGAAACAACAAAUGCACAUUCUGAAUUUCCGCUUCAAGUAG